AUGACCAACGUCUGCUCCUUGGCGAAUAUAACUGAACGUCUGGUCCCGGCAUCUCGAGGUCCGGCUUGUACGAUCAAGGAUGAUUUGCCACAUGGUAGUCGGGACUACGUAUACACGGGUCACGUCUCAAGCGCUCCUCCGGAGAUACUGCCCAUGAUCAAACUCCGGCACGGCAUUGCCCGAUUCUUCACCAUCGCACACCAGACUCCGACAUCUAUUUCGAGAACCUUGACCGUUGCACAGUGA